ACAUCUUUACACUCCGAUACUUGCCCUAAUUGGAGGACGAUUUUACGCGUAAAAAACAGAAUUUAUUUUGAAUCCACAUUCAAUUUUAAGACAGAAAGAGAAUAAAAACAGGGAUACAAAGUUUUUUUAGUCUAUAAAGAAGAGACUUUUUUGAAUUAUUUUGAGUUGAAAGAGAUAAUGCGGGAAUUUAAUUAUAAAUGCGCGCAAAGCAGGUGUCCGUGAAGGCGUCAUGGAUCAACUUGGGCGCAGUUUUCAACCGACGAAAGGAUCCAUUUCCAUCAAUGACCGGAAGCGUUGUCGGUGGUGAGCGAGGACCAGCCCAUAUUCGAUACCACCUUCCCCCCGAACCCCAUCAUGCACAUGAAGGUGGAGAUGACAUCGCCUGGCGGGUUCAGCCACACCUCCAGACACAGUCCGGAGACCACCGACUCCGAGUGGGUGGGGUCGGUGGCUCAGAACCAUGGGAAAAGAGGCGAGCAUGUUAACGGAACCAGCCGCGAGUCUCCUGUGGACUGCAGCGUCACCAAACGCUCCAGACACAUGAGCACCGACGGUGCUCUAAUGUCAUAUCCGCCCUCGUACCCGGAGCAUCGAGUGAGCCCCCCUGCCACCAGUCCACCAAGCAGCACCACAGAGGAGAAGAGGGUGAUCGUGCCAGCUGAUCCCGAGGUUUGGACUCAGGACCAUGUACGGCAGUGGCUGGACUGGGCCAUCAAGGAGUACGUGAUGGAGGAGGUGGACGUUGCGCUCUUCCACGGUCUGGAUGGUAAAGCCUUGUGCAAAAUGAGCAAAGACGACAUGGUGCGUCUCACGUCGGCCUACAACUCAGACAUCCUGCUGUCGCACCUCAACUACCUCCGACAGAGUAGUCCAACUUUUUCUUACUCCACGGCGCAAACCAACAACACACCACCUCCACAGCAGCAGCAACCAGCGCCGCCACCCCCACCGCAGCCACAACAACAGCAGCCAAGGCUAGUCAAAGCAGAAAGCGGUUUUGAUGAGAUCAGCCGUAGGAACAGCUGGCCCGCGAGCACCAUGGCGGCAGUGCCAAAAGAUCCGUACCAGACCCUGGGGCCCAUAAGCAGUCGACUGGCCAACCCAGAAGGACAGGCCGUCAGCUCAGCCAAGAUCCGAACAGGCAAACAAAGUCCAUACAAGCCUCUUGACCCCAGCGCUCACAGGCCUGUGGGUUCUGGCCAGAUCCAGCUGUGGCAGUUCCUGCUGGAGCUGCUGUCUGACAGCAACAAUGCCGGCAUCAUCACCUGGGAGGGAACCAACGGUGAGUUCAAGAUGACUGACCCAGACGAGGUGGCCAAGCGGUGGGGGGAGCGAAAGAGCAAGCCCAACAUGAACUACGACAAGCUGAGCCGCGCCCUGCGUUACUACUACGACAAAAACAUCAUGACCAAAGUGCAUGGGAAGCGUUACGCCUACAAGUUUGACUUCCAGGGCAUUUCGCAGACUCACCAGAACCACGCUGCUGAAGGAGGAAUCAUUAAGUACCAGACAGAGAUGUCAUACGCACAGCCUUACCACAGCCACCAGCCCAAAAUGAACUUCAUGGGUGGCCAUCCGGCUCAGAUGCCCGUCUCUCCAAGCAACUUUUUUGGCCCACCUACCACAUACUGGAACUCAACCAACAGCCCGAUAUAUCCUGGCUCAGCUAUGACCAGGCAUCCUGGUGCCCACUCCCACCUGAGCUCAUUCUACUGAAGAUGAAAGCAGACUGAUGUCCUGCAUAUGUCCUAAGGACCAAGGAGAACCCUGUCUGACUGGAAUACAGAGGUGAUGUAGCGACUGUUAGAUUUUUUUAGGGCAAUACGACGCUGUAAAGGACUCGCUGUACCGCGUGGAAAUGCUUUGUACUUUUCUGUGUAUACUCAAUGACACUGUUUUUCAUGUACAAGUUAUGCAAGUACCUUGUUGGUUAGUAAUUGCUGAGGCAAAACUACCCAGUGGGGUUGGAAGGAUCCCUCCAAAAAACAAAUCAGCAGGUGAACCACCAGGUAAACAUACUCAUCCAACUGUAUCAGAAAUUGUACAGAAUGUUUAUCAUGUAGCAAUAAAUGUACUCCUCUUGUAAAAUAAAACAUCUGACGUGUCAGGAACAAAGCUUCUGAUGAAAGGCAGUGACGUUUGUUGUGAGCCAGACGGGGCUCAACUUCCUCUCCGGUUAGAAAUCUGAAUCACAUGCGUGAAAAAUGACGGCUGAAUUCUGGGUACUUAUUUGCUCAUCAAAAUGAAUCCCACUAAAAUGCAAAAUGAAGUUGUCUAUUGGAUAAACUAAAGUAGUAAACGCACUUAUAUGGACCCUUCCGGUCUGAGACCAGCUAACAAAACAUUUGCUUUGAUCAGAUAAA